GUGACCGGCGGCGGGGUAGGUGACAUCGGUGGAGUCAUCAGAGACAUACUUGGAUCUAUCAGAGGAGUUAAACGAUCAGUUGGUGGUAUCCUGAACGCCCUUCUUAAGAUCACUAUCGGCAGUCUGAAGGACGUCCUCGAUUUUAUAAUACAACUGGUCCUUAUCCUCGAGGUGAUUCUGAACAACGUAGCCCAUGGCUUGGGCACCCUGUGCGCCAGGCUGGUGGCAGUGAUUCUGAAGAUUGCCGUCUGCGUCAAGGGUUGCCCUGGUGACAGGGGCAUUUGCACGAAGGCCUGGAACCAGAAGUUCAGGAUUAACGGAGACGGAUCCACUGGCGCUGAUCUCAUCAAGAUCUUCAAGCUCUCCAGGGCUGAGGCCGAAUACGAUGGCUACGUCAAAAAGUGCACCAAAGGAAAAGGAAUCUCAAAAUUACCAAGAAAUUCUAUCCGAAUUGUUCUCGAGAAGAUCUACAUACUUAUUAAGAUAAUAUUAAAUUACAACACAAUCUCAAAAGACACGGUUACUGAUUGUUUCGUCCACCUUACCUCCAUCACGGUUGCCAUUGGAAAUUCGAAGAAAAGAGACUCUGGAAAACAAAUUACCAGAGAUAUCAUUCCAAGAUGUGGCAAAUACUUCAAAAAAGAAGGCUAUACAGAUAUCAACAUCUAUGUCACCAUUAUUGAAGAUGAAUGCAAACCAGCAAACGAUGACGACUGCGACUGGGACGGUGGUGAUGACACCACCCCCUCACCUGGGGGUACCACAGCACCGUCAGGUGGCGAUACCAAACCGCAAGCUGACACUUCUACCCAAACCCCAGAAGUCGUCACCACCCAGACCCCUGACACUACCCGUGAAGUCGUCACUACCCAGACCCCUGACACUACCCGUGAAGUCGUCACCACCCAGACCCCUGACACUACCCGUGAAGUCGUCACUACCCAGACCCCUGACACUACCCGUGAAGUCGUCACCACCCAGACCCCUGACACUACCCGUAAAGUCGUCACCACUCAAGCCCCUGAAACUACCCGUAAAGUCGUUACCACUCCAUCACCAGGAGAUGGUACCGCUCCUGGAGGUGAUGAUAACGAUGACUGCGGUCCGAGCAUUGGUGUCAUCAUCAAACAAAUCCCAGGGUGCACUAAGCUGGCCACCGCCAAGAUCAUCACCGAAAUAAUUAGCAUCAGAAUUAAAACAAUGACUGAUGUCAUCAAUUUAUGCGUCAAAGUGACUAUUUGCCUUGGCGGAAUUCUGGACCUUAUUGUCACGGGAUUGGGCUCCAUUUUGACCAGAAUGGUCGCUGUAAUCUACAAAAUCGGCUGCUGCGUCUAUGGCUGGGGCGACAGAAGCAUUUGCACUAAAGAAUACAACUCCCAAGUCGGCGUCAACGGAGACGCCUCGGAAUACAAGGAUAUCAUCAAUUUGUACAGACUUCAGAACUGCAAGACUGAUGUCAUCACUAUCAUUAACAAGUACACCGGAGGGAAAGAUAUCUCCAAGCAAACCGACGUGAUCAGCAUCAUCCUCCAGAAGAUCCUAAUCAUCGUGGACAUCAUCAACUCUGGACACAUCACCAAGCAGCACUUCACCAUUUGCUUCGUUGAGAUGAUCAGCAUCUUUGGCUGCGUUAUUAACUCUUACUCUAAAGGAUCCGGCACUACGAUUGUCCAGAAGGUCAUCCCAGUCUGCGGGCCGCACUUCGUGAAGCAAGGCUGCCCCGACAUCAGGGAAGAGAAGACCAGGAUCGUAACCGUCGUCACGGUUGGGAACAACGCCAGAAUCGACUGGAACGAUAUUCAAACUAGAAGCAAGUCUGAUGACCUCACCAUCGAUGUCAAGGUCGUCUUCGAGGACAAAGGCUCCAACCCAUCCCUGCAGCAAGUGUUCAACCUGGAGGCACCCUCGAGCUUCGAUGGCAGCGUCAGUUUUCUGCUAAAACUGCUACACGCGCUGGGAACUGUUAUUGACGUGGUCUGCAAUGGGCUGGGAAAGCUUGUUGUCAGAAUCGUCGGCUUACUCAUCCACUACAUCGUCGCCAUCUUGGGCAGAGGUCGUAACAGCAGGAGCUUCGUCUGCCAGAAGGCGUACUUCGACAGCUUCGGCAUAACCGUAAAGAGUUCGGACUGGGCUGACCUGGUGACUGGCUUUAAACUUGGCAGCUGCAAGCAGGAUCUUGAUGCUAUAGUGGCUGCUCAGAAGGGGAAGGACAACGCUGUAAUCAGAGUGAUUCUGGACUGCACCAGCUCUCUGGUCUCCAUCAUCCUCAAAGGCCCCAAGAUCACGGAGAGCGAUUUCACGGACGUGUUCAGCUAUUCUUUCACCAUUUUCGCUGCAUUCGCCAACAGCUGCAAGCCGGACCUGGGGAAGAAGAUAUGCGAGCGCCUCGUGCCCAUCUGCAGCUCGAUUUUGGAGAAGAAUAAUUAUCCGGCGCUCACUGCCCACCAGCCGAACAUCGUGAAGAAGAUCGCGGUGUGCAACAAUGUGAAGGUCGCCUGGGUCGCCAAAACUACUGUCGUCGAACACUGAACCUAAACCUACAGUACCUACCCGUCUUAAGUUAACAUUGUAGUCGGUGCGGAAAAAGAAGAGUCGUAGAAUGGGGUUAGUUUCGGAUUAUUGUUUCGUCGGAUUCUUGUUUCGUCGGAUUCGUGUUUCGUCGGAUUCUUGUUUCGUCGGAUUCUUAUUUCGUCGGAUUCUCGUUUUGUAGGAUUCUUGUUUCGUCGGAUUUUUGCUUUGUCGGAAAUAUUAAUAUGCAAUAAAAUCAGUUAGAUAAAAAAAGCGUGUGGUUAUAUUUUAUUAAAGUACGAAUUAUUACUUUAUUGUUGUUGCACAAUAGGACAUAACUACAAUUACCUAGAAAUCGGUUCGAUUCAUAUUUUCAAUAGCGUAAUUUUAUUUAAUAAAUACAGACAAAGCCACGAUAUUUCCAUAGUUUUGUUUGAUUUUCUAUGACCGAAAAAUUCCGGCGAUACAAGAAUCAUACGAAACGAGAAUCUUACGAAACAAGAAUCCAACGAAACAAGGAUCCGGCGAAUCGAAACCUAAUCGUGGAAUGUAAGGGAACCAAUACAUUCUAUGACUCUUCGCUUUCCGCACUAGCGUCAUAUUUUCAUAUAAAGUAAUAGACAAUAAUGAUAUUGCCGCACUUUGUCAUUGUAAAUGCCGCAAAGUUACCUUGGUUCGACUAGUUCAGUGUAAUCAAAGUAAAGAGUAGUAAGAUAAACAUUUGAGCAAUUUUGUUUGUUGAUUUUAGCGCGAUUAGCGCAUUACGUAACUAUGACGAAAAUUUAAAGGGCCAUGUUUAUUUUAAAACGUUGUACGAUACACGUGCGAAUAGGUAAUUCGCAACUCGUGUCGAUUUAAAACACACCCUUCGGUCGUGUUAUAAUUUAUCGCCACUCGUUGAGAAUUUCCUAUUUUCUGCACUUUUAUCGUAAAUAACUAUUAUUGCACCAAUAACAAUACAUUUUACAUGUAAAAUUACAACUUACAACUUUGCUUAUAACUUUGUUUACUGUAAAAUAUUAUUAAAACUAUAAUAAAAAUAGUAAACUACAAAUGUGCUUAGAAAUGCAAAAAUAGUUACUGAGUUUAGUUCUUAUUCUUACCGAUAUUUUUGCUAGAGUAAAACAUUCCCGUCAUGUAAAAUAUCUUCCUACUUGGAACUUACAUUAUAAUACCAUGGUUGCAAUAAAUAAGUAUGAAUUUGAAUCAUCACUAGUGUCUUUGUGAGCUGUAGACCUCGCGAACCUCCAUCGCUCCGCCAUUUUGAAAAAAAAAACUAAAAAUUGAUUUAAAAAAAUCAUCGAAACUGCUCACAAUAUUUCACGACCAUCGGAUGAAAUUACAGGUCACAAUCUCAUCCGAUGAUCCGAGAAGACAACAUCCGGACAUACGAAAGUAUACUGGCCCAAGAAAUGGAGACCUUCGCUUUUGCUCGGUCGGUUAAGAAACAUCGAUUAAGCUCACAUAAUGGUUGACUAAGUUAACAUAACAUUUUAUACUUUGAAUGUGCUUUAUAGAUACAUUACACCAAUUUUAAUUUAUUUCAUAAUGUACUAAUUAAUUUGUGAAUCAGUUUUAGUUUUCCAAUAGAAAAUACCUAUUUUUUUUAUACUACGUCGGUGGCAAACAAGCAUACGGCCUGCCUGAUGGUAAGCAGUAUCCGUAGCCUAUGUUCGCCUGCAAUUCCAGAGGAGUUACAUGCGCGUUGCCGACCCUAACCCCCUUCCACCCUGGUUGAGCUCUGGCAACUUUACUCGCCGGCAGGAACACAACACUAUGAGUAGGGUCUAGUGUUAUUUGGAUGCGGUUUUCUGUAAGGUGGAGGUACUUCCCCAGUUGGGCUCUGCUCUAGAUCUGGAAUGACAUCCGCUGUGCUGUGCCCUACCACACAGAGCGAGAUGAUAUUCACAAUGCCCAUACCUCUCAUAAAACCUAACCUAACCUGUACCUAACGUGUAUUUUGUCCAGUAAAUAAACGGCUUCUUUAAAAUA